AUGGAACGGCUCAAACUGAAAAGAAGUGCAUUGAGAGCUCAAGUCACUAAACUGAUUUCUGAAGCGGACUUGUUCUUGGAGAGUCAUGCAGACGAAGGAGCUCUUAAUGUAUUGUCUACGAGGCUUAGCGCCCUCCAAAUACAGCUAAACGAGGUGGACGCCGCCAUCGAGCCCUUAGUACAAGACCAAGACGCAGAGCUAAAUUAUGUGCGGACCAUAGAAUACAACGACCGUAUCGUCGCACACAUGGCAAAACUCCGCCAAGAAGCAGAAAGAGACCUGCUAACAAAACAAGCAGAAAUGGCGGCGACGCGGGCGCAGACCGACGGCCCUCCGGUGGGGGCAAAGUGCAAAGUGAAACUGCCGAAGCUCGAGUUACAACGAUUUAGCGGCGCCGCCACGGAGUGGCAGUCCUUCUGGGAGCAGUUCGAGCAAGCGGUGCACGGAAACGACGGCCUCUCCAACGUAGAGAAGUUUCUGUACUUGCGAUCGGUGCUUUCGGGAAAAGCCGCAGCGGCCAUUGCCGGCAUUCAAGUGACUGGGGCAAAUUACACCACUGUCAUCGAACUUCUGAAAGAACGCUUUGGUCGACGAGACGUGCUGAUUCAAGAACACCUGACUCAGUUACUCGAAUUGCCACCGGUACAGAACGAAAAGGAGCACAUCGGCCUACGUCGACUCUAUGACCACCUGCAACGCCAUAUCGCUGGUCUCACGGCGCUCGGUGUCAAGACAGACAGUUACGGCGCCCUACUCUCCUCCGCACUCCUACGAAUGCUGCCAACCGAUCUUGUUGUCGAAUACUAUAAGGGACUUUCCGCUGCAAGCAAAGAUGACGCGAUCAGCAUCAAGAGUUUGCAAGCUUUUCUUAAAACAGAAGUAGAGAGCCGGGAAAAGGCACUGCAAGCUGGUAAUCUCGCAGCCAGAGAAUCAAAACAUCGAGACAAAUAA